AUGGCUCUUGUCGUCCAAAGUGCAACCUUCAUCCACCAGUAUCUCUCUUCAUUCCUUGUCUCCAAGCCUCGUAAAUCCCACCAAGCGUUGAAGCUAGGGAUUUUAUCAUCAGCGCAGAUCAACGCUGCUGCAGUUAUCCAUCCCGCGAAAACACACCCGGAUGUAAUCUUAUACGCUAUUGCGUCUCGCGAUGCUUCGACUGCCGCUCAGGCAGCAAAACAGUACAACAUCACCAAACCCUACGGGUCGUACCAGGAGCUCUUGAACGACCCUGCUGUGGAUAUUGUAUAUUUGUCCAUCCCCAAUGGCGAGCAUUAUGAAUGGACCUCCAAGGCCCUCCAGGCUGGAAAGCAUGUGCUCUGUGAGAAGCCGUUCACAUCGAACGCAGAUGAAGCAAAGGGACUAGUGAGCUUAGCCAGAGAGAAAGGAUUGACUCUUGAAGAAGCUUUCCACUGGCAAUUCCACCCCGCGGCACAUGCAUGGCGGCAUAUGCUAGAGUCCGGCCAGCAUGGCAGAAUCUUGCGGACGAAGGCCGUGAUGACUGCUAGUCCCGGUGUACCAAAGGGAGACAUCCGAUGGGAGUAUGAUCUGGGUGGUGGCUCCGCGAUGGACAUGACGUAUGCCCUAUCAUUCACUCGUUACGCUCUCCGCGCACGGCACCCUAAAGCCAUCAACUCAGUCACUGCCCGCGUCUCUAGCGAUGAUCCACGCGUCGACGCGGCCAUGUACGCCUACCUGACUUUUGUCGGACCCCAGGAUACUGAGGUUCAUAGCCAAAUCUACACCGACCUGGAGCGACGGUGGAUUGCCGGCGUUGUUCCACGUUUCUGGGAGUUGCCUUCAAUCGAAGUGGAGACUGAGAGGGCGAUAAUCUUCUUCUACAAUGCGAUGAUGCCACAUCUGUAUCAUUACAUCGCUGUCACCGACAAGACAACGGGGCAGACGCGUUACCACAAACAAUACAAAGGAGGUCCUUUGUGGGGCAAUGCUAUGACCACCGGUGGAAAAGGUGGCAGUUCGCACUGGAGUACCUACCGAUGGCAGCUGGAGGCGUUCGUCGACGCCGUCAAAGGAAAUACACCUACAUACUGGAUCGCCGGUGAGGAUAGCAUUUGCCAGAUGGAAUGCAUAGAUGCUUUGUACCAAGCUGCUGGUCUACCAGUGCGCGGAGCGCCAGCUAAGAUAGGAUGA